AUCGCAGUCGCAGUCUCAAAACAGUUGAUUUUGGUGACAAAAUUCCUUUACACAGGACGAACUGUGUAGUGUGGCUGUAUAAGAAAAAUCAUUCCGGAUGGCAGAUUCUUUUGGUGGUAUCGCAGUUGAUGUUGUUCUCGGAUAAUUUGUGGAUUCAUCAUGGCCCACAAAGCGUGGAUCGAAAAGAACAUCAAGAAAAAGGAAUGUGCCAAAUUUAUAAGUGAUCCGUGGGACUUGCAGAGGUGCGGUUGUGGUGGUAAGGUAGUCCAGCAUUCUCUGCUAAAUCAGACGUCCCAUGUGAGAUCCUCAUCAAUAAGUAAGGUCUGGGAUAGCAACAAGCACACACACCAGCUACCAACCGAUGCUUAUGGCAUUGUGGAAUUCCAAGGGGCGGGCCAUGGCAACAAGGCAAAUUACAUUCGGCUCAGUGACACCACGGAGCCAGACGUCGUUCUGCAGCUCCUCCAGGGGUGUUGGAACCUAGAUCUUCCCAACCUUGUCAUCUCCAUUCGAGGCGGGCUUCAGAAUUUCCAGCUCCAGCCCAAACUUAAACGGGUUCUGUGCAAAGGUCUGAACAAGGCAGCGAGAACAACAGGUGCAUGGAUCCUGACUGGGGGUACAAACACUGGGGUGACAUUACAUGUCGGAGAUGCUCUCAACAAUCACUCAGUUAAGAUGCGUGGUCGAAUCGUCACCAUCGGCAUCGCACCAUGGGGUGUCCUCAACAACAAAGAAAGCCUCAUCGGCAAAGAUACCACCCGACCUUACCACUCAGUGUCCUGUCCCAUCUCGAAAGGCUUCAAGUUGAACAGUCAUCAUACACAUUUCUUAUUGGUCGAUAACGGCACGGUCAACCAGUAUGGGUGUGAGCUGAUCCUCAGACGGAGACUAGAAAAAUACAUUUCUCAACAUCGACAUGGAAAUUAUCGAAGGGUACCGCUUGUGAGUGUCGUCAUCGAAGGUGGAGCCUCUACAAUCCGCAACAUCUUAAAUAAUGUGACCAGCCGACCUCCAAUCCCCGUUGUGGUCUUUGAUGGCACAGGAAGAGCGGCCGAUAUUAUUGCGUUCACUCACAAAUAUGCCUCAGAAGACGGUAAGAUGGAUCCGUCGCUGAGGGAGCAACUUCUUGAGACCAUGAAGCACACCUUCCAUCUGCGCCAGGAGCAAGUGGAGAAACUCUUUAUUGAACUCAUGCUGUGCAUGAAGAAGAAAGAACUGAUAACAUUGUUUUGUUUGAGUGAGGACGAUAUUGACAUCGAUGUGGCCAUCUUGACUGCUCUGCUGAAGGCUCAAACACGUUCUUACAUUGAUCAGCUCAGUCUGUGUCUUGCAUGGAACAGAGCGGACAUCGCCAAGUCCCUCAUCUUUGUGCAAGGACGAGACUGGCCGGAGAACGUUCUUGAGAAUAUCAUGAUGGAAGCUCUGAUCCAAGACAAGGUUGGCUUUGUGAAAUUACUGAAAGAUAAUGGCGUCAACAUGCACCACUUCCUCACCAUCGCCAGACUAGAAGAGCUGUAUAACACGAGGCCAGGUCCGACGACCCUUUUACAUCAUCUCAUCCGGGAUAUUAAACAGGUGCAAUACAUUCAGAGGUACACGUUAUAUGACGUUGGAUUAGCAGUGGAGAGUCUGAUGGGAGGGACGUACCAGUCGUCCUUCAAAGAUCGCAGAUUCAAGGCCCUCUAUCAGAACACUAUCAGAAGGGGAAUCUCCUUCAACUUCAUCACCGAUAAUAUCCAGAAUGCCGACAACAUCGACAAAUUCACCGAGACCUUCAACUACCCCUUCAACGAGCUGUUCGUGUGGGCAGUGUUAAUGGGUCGUCACAAAAUGGCGCUGUUCAUGUGGCAGCAAGACGAGGAGGCGAUGGCUAAAGCGUUGGUAGCAUGUAAGUUAUACAAGGAGCUCGCCAAGACAUCGGAUGUCAUCAAUAUGGAGAUGGAGAUCGGGGAUAAACUGCGCAAAUACUCAGAGGAGUUCCAGCGACUGUCGGUAGAUCUCCUAGACCGCUGUUACCAUGAGGACGAUGACAUCACCAUACAGCUGAUCACCAUACAGCUAGACAACUGGAGUAAACACACGUCGUUGAGUCUGGCCGCAGCGGGUCACCAUCGAGAGUUUCUGGCCCAUCCAUGCUGCCAGCGAUUACUGAGUGAUUUGUGGCUCGGUGGUAUGAUCACCACAAAAUACAUUAAUCUCAGGGUGAUCCUAGCGCUGCUCUGCCCUCUGGCCAUCUUCUGUGUAGUCAGCUUCAAGACCAAGGAGGAGUUGCAGCUCAUGCCCCAGACACUGGAGGAGCACAUGCACAACCUGGCGGACCCGGACUCAGAAGAUGAUGACGCAGGAUCUCAAGACUCAUUCCGUCACCUACAGGAGGAUGAGGAGGACAUGAUAGGGAUGCAAUCCAUUGACGGAAAAAACGUGCAAGCAUUCAAGGAUGAUUCACCCAUUGUGAACCCUGACCCCACCAUCAUACCACGUAGAAAGCAACUCUCGCCGGGCAAGAAGUUGUACGAGUUCUACAGGGCACCAAUGACAAAGUUUUGGGCUCAUACAAUAUUUUUCUUUGGUUUUAUGGUGCUGUAUAACUACCUUGUACUGGUUAAGCUACCUGUCGCCCCACCAGUUUAUGAGUAUGUUGUUAUCGCUUACAUCGUCACCUCAGGCAUGGAACACGUCAGAGAGAUCCUUGCCUCGGAACCAAUCAAGCUCUCCCUGAAGCUGCGAGUCUUCUAUUCCUCUUAUUGGCACCUCCACGAAGCCCUGGCCAUCCUCUUCUUCCUCAUCGGAAUGGGCUUUAGGUCUGCCUCAACCACCAAGUCAGCCGGGCGGGUUAUCUACUGCUGUGUCAUCAUCAUGUGGUAUCUCAAAGUGCUGGAGAUAUUGAGCGUUAACAUCUACCUCGGACCAUUUGUCAACAUGAUCGGGAAAAUGAUGAGAGACAUGUGUUACUUCAUCAUCCUCCUGAUCAUAUUCCUGAUGGGGUUUGGCGUCGUCAGGCAAUCCGUUCUUAAUCCUAAUGAGGACUUCUCCUGGAUACUACUCAGGGAGGUCUUCAAGGAGCCAUACUUCAUGAUCUACGGAGAGGUCUACGCUGGCAAGAUCAACCCGGAAUGCGGGGACGGCGAUGACAUGACGCCAUGCGUGCCAGGUCAUUGGACCGUACCUAUUGCCAUGGCGAUAUAUCUUGUAGUAUCCAUUAUUCUCCUCGUUAGUCUCCUCAUAGCAGUAUUCAACAAUACCUUCAAUGCUGUUAAUUCCAUCGCACGUCAGCUGUGGCAGUUCCAGCGCUACAACGUAACGAUGAACUUUGAACAGAAGCCAUUUCUUGCCCCACCGCUCAUCAUCUUUAAUCACGUGUACCAGCUCGUUACUUUUGUGUUGUGCCGGUGCAAGAAACCUCGGACCAGUAGCAUCGAUCAGGGACUCAAACUUUUCCUUCCCCCGGAGGGUGUGGAAAAAUUGAGAGAUUUUGAGGAAGCGUGUUUGGAAUUGUACUUCCGAGAAACAAGGGACAAAGCACAAUCAUCAAAUGAUGAGAGGCUGAAGGUAGUUUCUCAAAGAAUGGAAGACAAUUCAAUCCGUCUUGAGGAGAUUGUAGAGAAGGAAAACCACACCAAGUUGAGUUUAAGAGCCUUCGAUCGUCGCCUGAUGCAUGUCGAAGAGAUGUCCUUCCACACAAGCAGGGCAAUCCAAAACAUCCAGCAGAUGUUGAGCCUUGUCCUGACACAGAUGGUGGGUAGUGACACGGAGAGCAGCCCCGAGGCCACCCCAAAGGGGACUCCGACUCAACGGGUCAGACACCUAGCGUUUAUUCAGGACAGGGAAGAGACGGCAAAAAUCCCCCUUGAAGCGGGAUUGACGCCGGAUGAGCAGAACAAACCUCUGCCGACAAUCCACACCAGUCGGAAACUCGAUCACUUCAGGUCCUUUUCAAUGGAUCGGACUGCAGGGGCUGAGUGGAGAAGUUCAAUAUUGAAAAGGUCUGGGUCGUUUGCUGAACAGAGUAUCGCGAAGACUCAGGUUGAGCGAUUGAAACGACCCGCAGUGCUUGAGCAGCUGCAAAGUGCCAAGUCUAAGAAAUCAACAGACCCUAAAGCGGAGGGCCUGACUAAGUCGAAGAGCCCCAAGAAAUCUAGACUAAGUACAUUUGAGCGAUAUGCCUCAAUGGUUGAGCAACAGUCCCCCGUCAGAUCGGAUGCAGAGCCUAUGCCCAUCAAGAGACAGGUUGGAUUUCAACCUCGACCAUCCUCCACAAGUAGUGGCAAUCUGUUGGAACCUCGACUCCAAUCGCAUGACUCAGAUAGCAAUCUCUCCACGUACAGCUUCACAAGUAUGAAGAACUCCCACCGUGACUCCAUGCCCCGAUCCACCCCGUACAUGAGCGCGCCUGUCUACUCGACCAUCACCGACCACAUCGAGGUUCCCAAUUCGCAGCUCAGUAAUCGCUGGUCACACCUCGUCAGCGCCAACACCAGCGUUGGAUACCUCACUCUAGACGACAACAUCACCAGUUUUGACGGCGAAGUUCCGACGUCUCCGCUGGUGUUACCUCAAGGAGUGAACCGUGCGUCCCCGAUCUCGGACGCGUCAAGCCACGGGGGUCUCCAGCAGGCUGAGCAUCAUUGCUUUGAGAUGAUGGAAGAUGUGAUGGGAGAUGAGAGGGAGACGCAGUUUAUCUUGGAGGAGAAUGAGGACAUCGAUGCGGAGGAUGAGGACGCUGGCGGAGGAAUUGAAUUUACUGUCCAGAGUGAAGUGAAUAUCCUGACCAACAGAAUCGGAAACUCCGUAGCAGAAACAGCAUUUUAAAUAUUCAUAUGCGGAUGAUAGAUCAGUCGGGGCCAAUCUCAAAAACUCUUUCAAAAAGGGGAGAAUCUUACUGGGAACAAAUUUUCAAGUGAACAAUUUAUAAGCAAUGUGUAUUACAGGAUUUAAUGGCUGGUAACUUGUAACUGCUAUGCAAGGCUCAUCCAGCGGAGAGAUAAAAUUCAUAUUUAGGGGGCACAAGGGUGCAUUUUUUUUUUUAAGAGGGCUCUUAUUCUUUGUGUAUAAAGGUCUCAGGAGUUUACUAACUUUAAGAAGCAUAUCAUCGCUAGUCUAUCUUCCCUAGAAGGUUGCAUUGUGAUGGUAUCUUAAUUUUAUUUCUGAGUUGGGGUUGGUUUAAAGACAUUGACAAUUAAAGAUUUUUGUUCUAAAAAUCUCGGUUGUUUAGGAAUUUAUAAAAAGUAGGUAUGCCAUAAUGAUUACCAGGCUUUAUCUUCUGAUUUGUUUUGUAUUCGAUUGGCAACUUUUCAGCGGACAAGCUUAAGAUUUUAGGAGCAAGGGGGGGGGGGUAUGUCAUGUGGUGAGGAAACUCAUGAACCCCCACAUCAUUUACAAAAGCUAUAUUGGUCUUUACUAUGUUCAACUUACAAGUAUAUUUUUGUAUGAAUUAAUGCUGCUUUAUAUCGGAGAUGUCAGGGCAGAAUUUCAUAGUCCUGUCAAACACACAAAUGUUUUGGUUGUACUUUUUAAAAGUUUUGCCCAGUCAAGUAUUAAUUUUAAAUACAACUGUUUGGGUUGGAAUCUGCCUCUACAGUUUCAGCAAAUGAAUUUGUUCCAUUUUUUUUUUUUUUUUUUUUUGCUCAAUGAAAUCCGGCACUGUACCAUUUCUGGGGGACAUUUAUAAAAAUUUACCUUAAGUUUGGAAUACACAAUAUUUUCCUCUUAACAUAAAUAUUUAAUAAUAUUUAACAUUAAACACCACUGCAGCUUCAGUAGUAUGGUAUUUUAGUCCCACAGUCACUUGCUCAUUAUUUUAUACAUCUAUUUUAAAAUAACACUUGUGGAAAUUUAGAGAGUUUAUUCACCGACAACAUUUGAUAAACAAUCGCCCUGUGUGUGUUAAACUCCUGUGUGACGUAAAUUGUUUUAUAAUGAAAAUCCAAAAAACUACGGAAAAAUCAGUGUCCGAUUUUGGUGUAAUGACAACACCAAGAAGUCUUCCAAAGAUUUUGUCCAAUCAAUUUUUGGUGUGGAAACUUUUCUGUAAAAAUCCUCUUCAAAGAAUUGAGCAAUUUUAUCAGACAAUAAUGUGUCAAGGAGACUGGAUCUCCCAAACAUUUUGAAUUGUUCAACAUGGAAGAAAAUUACCUUUUUUUCUUGUAAACAUUUGAUGGAAAAUAACUAGGGUUCUAAAUUCACACUUACCUAAUGAGUGUGAACGUGAUGCAUGGAAGUGACUUCCAGUUGUUUUAGCUCUUAAUACAGAGAAAACCAUGUUUAAAUUUAACUUGUGAUGCCUUCCACUGGUUAAGAUUAGGCAGAAAAAGUACUUCUUAAAAAGAUUUUUUAAUUGACAAGCAUGCAGGUAAAACAUUUGUUUUGCUUGUUUGGAAUGAUUCAAGAAUACCAUGAUGCCAACACAGAAGUUCAUGAAGUUUGCCUGCUCUCAGAAACUGUCAGAUUUUGAGAUUGGGAAUGUGCCCUUGAUCUUGUGUUUUUGACUUUGAUUUGUAAAGCAUUACAUAAUGUGUGUGAUACAAUCUAUAUAGUAGAUCAAACGGGUAAUACACUUAUGUGGCGUCGAACUCGUAUUAUUGUAGAUGUUAAAUUUGUGUCGGGGAUAAACAAUAUUAAUUUUGGUUUGACCCAUAUACACCAAUGUG